CCACCCUUCCUCUUUUUCACUUCCUCUCAUCUCACUCUCACUGCUCCAUCCCCAUAAAACCCUCUUUCCAUUCCCACUUCCCACAAACUUUCUCACACUUUCUCACAACACACAAAACAUUAUUAUUAUUACCACAUUAGCAGCAGAAAUGUCUAGUUCCAGAAAAAAACUGGUUCUGAACACUGUGUCCGUGAGCCUGGGCUGCGGCAGCUGCCGAAGACCCAGGCUCCUACGGCACAUAUUCCACCCGAAGCAGAGGCCCAAGAAGCCCGCGGGCCAAGUCCACGGGCUUCAUUGGGACGAUACCACGACGAGCAGCACCACUACCAACGCCUCCACCGCCGCCACAUUCUCGCCCUGUUACGCCGAGGCCUCGGCGCAGUUCAGCGACUUCGCCGAGACCGCGAAGGCGUUUGGGCGAGGCGUGGCGGUGGAGAAGGACUCUGAUGAUCCAUACCUGGACUUCAGGCACUCUAUGCUGCAGAUGAUACUGGAGAACGAGAUAUACUCCAAGGAAGAUCUCAGGGAGCUUCUCAACUGUUUUCUUCAGCUCAAUUCACCAGACCACCAUGGGGUGAUAGUGAGAGCCUUCACUGAGAUCUGGAAUGGAGUUUUCUCAGUGAGGAGGAGGUCUGGUUCUUCCACUGGGUUCCACCUUAACCGUAAGUCACGUGACUUCUAGGUGCCUGCACGUGGCUCACAUAUUGUAACGUAGUUUAAUCUUUUUGGACAAAAGGAAAAUAAGAAGUUUUACCUGUUAAAAUCAAUUUAUGUACUUUUUUGUCAAGAAAUUAAGAAAAAUAGUUUCUAUAAAAAAAGUUAAGUGCAUACAUUGAUUUUAAUUUGAGAGAAAACUUAACUAUUUAAUUUCUUAUUUUCUUUUGGUACGAGUACUUAGGUAGGAAUAUAUAGUCAACUAUAUGUAAGUUUAGCUCUUACUAAGUUGCUAACGUUGGGGCGCAUUUAGAUCAUCCGAACGAACAGAGGAAGCUCUGUUUUUACUUUUGUAAGAGUAGCAAACAUUAUCCUGCAAUCAAUCUAGUGGAUGAGAUCUUUUAACUUUUUUU